GGGCUCCCGGGCGGCCCGGCCCGGCCCUGCCGAGCAGAGCCGAGCCCCGGCUCCAACCCUCGGGGCGCCUCCGUGCCGGGGCCGCGGCUCCGGCAGCGCCCGGCCCGGCUGUCCCCGGUCUCCCCCCCCGGCCCCGUCCCUCCCCGCCUCCCGGCGGCGCUUCCCCUUUCCGCGCUCCGCUGCCGCUGUGCCGUGCUGUGCUCGCCGGGCUCGCCCUCCUGCGCCGUGCCCCCGAUGUGUCUGGCGGAACAUUUUUUCUCUGAAAACAUUGCUGCUAAAAAGCUCCAAACAGGAGAAGUAAAUCCAGUCAGCUUGUCAGGUCACUGGCUCAGUGUUAAAGUGCUUUCAUGAGGUAACGUUGGGCCAAAGUCAACUUUUCUUUCUCCUUUGUAAAUCUGCAGCCAAGCAAUGGGCCAGAAAAUCUCAGGGAGCAUAAAGUCUGUGGAUGUGAGGGAGCCCCCUUAUAGACCUGUUAAACGAGAGCUGAGAGGCCCGGAUUUUUGCAAGCCCGCCCGGCUGGACAUGUUGUUGGAUAUGCCCCCUGCCAAGCUGGAGGUCCAAUAUAAACAUGCUUGGAACAAUGAAGAUCGCUCUUUAAAUAUAUUUGUAAAGGAAGACGAUAAACUGACUUUUCACAGGCACCCAGUUGCUCAAAGCACAGAUUGCAUCCGGGGCAAAGUCGGCUACACGAGAGGCCUCCACGUCUGGCAAAUCCACUGGCCCACGAGGCAACGGGGAACUCACGCGGUGGUGGGCGUCUCCACAGCCGAAGCUCCGCUGCACUCGGUGGGGUACACAUCAUUGGUUGGUAGCAACAGUGAAUCGUGGGGCUGGGAUUUGGGACGCAACAAACUCUAUCACAAUUGUAAAAACCAGCCUGGGGUCACGUAUCCAGUCUUUUUGGAACCAGACGAGUCUUUUGUACUCCCAGACUCCUUACUGGUGGUGUUGGAUAUGGAUGAAGGGACGCUCAGCUUCAUGGUAGAUGGACAGUAUCUUGGAGUGGCCUUCAGAGGACUAAAAGGGAAAAAACUUUACCCCAUAGUCAGUGCAGUUUGGGGGCACUGUGAAAUUACAAUGAGAUACAUCAAUGGACUUGACCCGGAACCCCUGCCUUUAAUGGACUUGUGCCGAAGAUCAAUUCGUUUUGCUCUUGGCAGAGACCGCCUGCAUGACAUAGAAAUUCUACCUUUGCCUCUGUCUCUGAAAAAUUAUUUACAAUAUCAAUAAGAUGUCUAGAACCCUCUGGCCUCACAUUGGACUACAUCAAUGCAAAUGGCAGAAAAUUGUUUACAGCAAAAUAUAAAUCUUUGUGAUGGACACUCAAGUGUUAUUUAAUUUUUAAUAUAUAUAUUUUUUCUGAAUCAGUGAAAGCAGAUCACUGCGGGGGACUACUAAAGAAUGUGAAAACAUUGAUUUGAUCAAGAUUCAUGUAUUAUCUGUUGCCUGUUAUGUUUACAGUCAUGAAAGCCAUUAUCUUCAGCUGUCAUGUUGGUUUUUCAUUGGUUUUUCAUUGAUGUCUCUGAUAAAUGCCAAGAGAAAAUCUGACCUGCAAGAUCUCCUGUCAUGCAGAACAGAGCAUUCUUCAAUAAUAUAUAUUUUUUUCUUUUUCUCUCCUAAACCCCACCCCAAUAGAUAUAAUAAGUUAGCAAAGAAAAAUCUCAAUAGUAACUUUUGGAAAAUGCUUAAAUCUGACCUUAAAUCCCCAGAGCUGUGAAGAGCUUUGAGUGCUCUGCACUCAAUAUAAUCAGGCCUAUAAUAUCCCAAAGUUCUGACAUUCAAAAAAAAAUAAAUCUAGGCAGAUUGUCUAGAAGAGUCUGUGAUUUAAAAACAUGAGAGGAAAAACUGGUAUAUGUGUCUGAAAGAUCAACUUUUGGACAUGGUAAGUGAAGUGCAGUCUAUUGUUUUCAAAACCAAAUCUAGUCCCUCCAAAGUUUUGCAGUUUAUAACAAAGUGCUCACUAGCCCAAGAAUUUAGAAUAUUUGUAUUUUAGAAAGCUUGUCACUUUUUUAUUUGAAUAAAUUUAUAAUUUUUAUGUGGUAUGAACUCUAAGUACUUGGUUCUCUUUUUAAUGUAUGUGUGGCUAUAAUGUUUAUUUAUCUGUUUAGAGUCUGUGGAGUUCUCAUUUAACUGUUACCCAUCUUGGGGUUACUGAUUUUGUUGUUUUUUUUUCCCCAUCUCCACCUGAAAUGUAUUAAUUUUUCAGGCUCAUCCUGUUUUUAAGAUGCUGCUUUCUUAUUUGCAUUUCUUACGUUUCAAGUUAUCUGCCCAACCAGUUAUCUAGUUUUUAAACUGGAAGUUGUUGUUAUGGCAGGAUGUCAGAUGUUUAGACUGAGCUGCCUUCAGCAUAUUUUAAUGUGAAUUUACUGAUGAAUGAGGAGAAAAUUUCUAAUAAAGUCUACUGUCCAAAAUAAAA